UUACCAAAUAUCCUUACCAAAUACUCUUACCAAUUAAUAAUUUUCAGAAAAAUUUUUAAUCAAAUUUUUUAAUUUUUUUUAUAAUAAUUUCAUAAUUUGAAUAAUUUUUAAUGAAUUUGAAUUAAAUUAUCGCAAUGAGGACGAGAUCGAAAUCGCCAAUUUCCGGUGAUUCCACCAACAAACCUACCCCUAACUCCUCUACCAUCGCUAAUCUCACUACUAAUACCACCAACUCCAACCUCAGUAAAUCACCCGAAUCUAACACUUCUAAACGUACCACAGAAUGUAUCUUAGGGAACACCACUGAGCAGUAUGGCUCUGUAGUAAUGAGUAGGACUGGUGGUGUAUAUGUCCCGCCAUUUAAGCUCCAGCGUUUACAGCGUGAGAUAUUGCCGGAUGGAUCUGUGGACUACCAGCGCCAGGAGUGGGAGCGUCUGCGUAAGCACAUAAACUCGACAAUAAACAAGCUAACCCUCACCAACGUGGCGGAGUUAGUCUUGGAAAUGUUAGAACAUAAUUUGAUCAGGGGCCGUGGAUUAUUUGCGAGGACUUGGAUCAGGGCGCAGAUGGCGUCGCCAGGUUUCACGCCAAUUUACGCCUCGUUUUUGGCCGUGAUUAACUCGAAAUUUCCCGAGAUCGGGGAACUCACACUGAAACGUAUAAUUCUACAAUUCCGCAGAGCUUACAAGAGGAAUGAUAAAAUCGUAUGUCAGUCCUGCGUCAAGUGUGUGGCACACUUGGUAAAUCAGAAAAUAGCCCAUGAAAUUCUUGCAUUACAGUUGUUGGCAAUUCUGCUGGAAAAGCCCACAGACGAUUCUGUGGAAUUGGCACUAGAGUUCCUCCGUGACGUAGGGAACUUUUUACACGAAAAUUGUAAACAGGGAUUAGACUCAGUGUUUGACAGGCUGAAGAGUAUUUUACAGUGCGGACUCGUAGAUAAACGGACACAAUACUCCAUAGAAGCACUGUGGAAACACUGGAGGAACGGGUUUACAGAGUAUAAAAUUCCUAAGGAACUGGAUUUACUCGAGGAAGAAGAUCAAAUUACACACGACAUUGACUUUUUAGACCAGACCAUUACUGGGGAUGAAAUGCUAAAUAUUUUCCAGCCAGUGGAACCGGAAGUUUAUAACUUAGAGAACCUCAAGUGGAACAAGAUUAAACAGGAACUCACCGGCGCUCACACAGAUUCCGAAUCCGACACAUCCGAGGAUUCAGAAUACGACACUGUUGAAAGUGACACUGUGGACAAUUUAGACACAGUUGACAAUGACACUGUGGACAAUGACACUGUGAACACUGUGGAACGGGGGAUAAAAGAUUAUACGGAGCAGGAGUUGGUAAAUUUGCGGAAGACGAUUUAUUUGUGUAUAAUGUCUUCGUUGAAUUAUGAGGAGUGUGUGCAUAAGAUAUUAAAGUUGAACAUUGAGGACAGGGAGAUUGAAGUGUGCAUCAUGCUCAUCGACUGCUGUGCCAUGGAACGCACUUUUCAACUCUUUUACUCUCUUCAAGCUGAGCGAUUGUGCAAACUCAGGCAAUCCUACCGAAUCAACUUUGAACAGUGUUUCUCCCGUCAAUACAAGUUGAUACACAGACUGGAGACGAGUAAACUGCGUAACGUGGCCAAGUUCUUUGCGCAUUUGUUCUAUACUGAGGGGAUCAGUUGGGAGACACUUACGGUAAUAAGAUUAACAGAGGAGGAUACAACUUCGUCUGGUCGUAUAUUCAUAAAAGUGUUGUUACAAGAAUUAGCGCAGAACAUGGGAGUUGACACACUGUGUAGAAGAUUCCACGAUGCCGAUGUGAAAACAGUGUUUGAAAAAAUGUUCCCAACGGAUUCGCCAAAGAAUAUCAGGUUCUCAAUUAACUUUUUGACCGCCAUAGGACUUACGCCUCUCACCACGGAACUCAGGGCUCUUCUAUAAUCUUCUAUAGGGUU